AUGUUCCUCACGCAAUCAUUCCUGACGGCUCUGCAAGACUCCCAGGUGGGUAAUAUUACUUGGUCCAAUCACUCCCCCGUGGGAAUCUGCAUGAAAUCCUCUUUGUUCAAGCCCAGAGAGCGCACCUGGCGCCUGAACAAAUCGUUGCUGUUGGAAGCAGACGUGUCCACAACAAUAAAAGAUUUGCUCACCCAAUACUUCAUCGAUAACGCCGACCUGGAGACAACUCAGACAGUACUCUGGGAGGCGCACAAGAGUGUGAUACGGAGAAGAUUUAUCGCCAUAGGCGCGAACAGGAAAAAAGCCAGAUCAGAGGAACUCUAA